CCGGUCUGUUUAAGCCGGUGCGGAAGUCGCUGCAGUCGCUGCUACAGUCGGUAGAAGGUCGGUCGGUUCUCCGGUGAAUUUUAACGCCACACUUUUUAAACCGAACCGGUUGGACCGGUUGUUGUUAGUCACUGAAACUCAGCUGGGUGUUUUAUCGUCUACCGCUGCCCGGCUUCGGACCACCGUGACAUUCGUGACUUUACUCGGCGGGUACAGUAACGUCCAGCACCGACACGUAGCGGCCGGUUUGUUUUUAAACGGCUCCGUCCUCCGCCCUGAUGUCCGGCUCCAAGUGCACACGGCUGAGCGGGGCUCUGGUGAAGCAGCUGCUGGAGUCCGUGGACAGCAUCCUGUUCGACUGUGAUGGGGUCAUCUGGCGGGGGGACCAGGCCAUCCCCGGAGCCCCGCAGGUCAUCAACCUGCUCAAGGAGAGCGGCAAGAAGGUGUUCUUCGUCACCAACAACAGCACCAAGACCAGGAAGAUGUACGCGGAGAAGAUGACCGCGCUGGGCUUCAACGUGACGGAGGAUGAGGUGUUCGGCACCGCGUACUGCUCCGCCAUGUACCUGAAGACGGUCUGCAAAGUGGACGGGAAGGUGUACCUGAUAGGAAGCAACGCCAUGAGGCAGGAGCUGGAGGCGGUGGGCAUCCAGCAGACCGGGGUGGGACCGGACCCCGUCACCGGGAAGCAGGCCGACUGGGCCAACGUGCCCCUGGACCCCGAGGUGAAGGCGGUGGUGGUGGGCUUCGACGAACACUUCAGCUACAUGAAGCUGAACCGAGCCCUGCAGUACCUGAUCCAGCAGGGCUGUCUGUUCGUGGGGACCAACAGGGACACCAGGCUGCCUCUGGAGGGAGGGAAGGCUGUGCCAGGUACAGGCUGCCUGCUGCAGUGUGUGGAGACGGCGGCCCAGUCUCAGGCCCAGACGGUGGGCAAACCCAACCACUUCAUGUUCGACUGCGUGGCCUCCCAGUUCGGCGUGGAGCGCAACCGCUGCCUGAUGGUCGGGGACCGCCUCGACACCGACAUCAUGCUGGGCUCCAACUGCGGCCUGAAGACCCUCCUCACCCUGACGGGGGUCAACACGGUGGCGGACGCCGAAGCCCACCAGAAGAGCGGCUGCGCGGAGAGGCAGGGGAUGGUGCCGGAUUAUUACGUGGAGAGCAUCGCGGACCUUCUUCCAGCUCUGCAGGGAUGAGACUGAGAAGUGUGGCUACAUGAUACAACAGAUAACCGCUUACACACCAGGGUCCACUAUCUGUUAAAAAGGAAUAUUUUUUUAUUUUAUAAAGAGUAAUAUGAUUAAAAUCAUCUCUAUAAGAGUCACAACGGAGCAGUCAGCUGCUGUGUGACGGAGGAAACAAAGAUUCUAGAGACACUAUUCAGAUUUUAUUUGUCUUUUACUAAAAUGGCUAUUUUUAAUAUGAUUUAAAUGAAUAAUAAUAACAGAAGAACAAUAAGCUUCAGUAUUGUUUUAUAUAAGUGUUAAAGAGGAAAAAAAACAGGUUAAGUGUAUGUUCCUUUUUCAGGGAGAGCUGUGCACUCUACAAGCCUUUAUUCUGUCUGUGAUGCAAUCUCCACUUAAGCAACUACAAGUCAAACUCAAAAAGGGAAAUGAGCACAUAACAAGUGUCAACAGUUUGGUAACACAUGUUCAGGUUUACAUCUGUUUCACAAUCUAUAAAUAACAGGCCAAAAGGCACUGAACUGGUCAAACUUGAGCUUUCUGUGUUCUGUAAUAUAUUCUAAAAACCUCAACAGAAUGCGCUGAUGCAUGCACUGGGAUUCAGGGGAUGGUGCAAUGGUGCCUGUCAUGUACUUUACUGUGUGUUUCUGCAAAUGCUAAUUAUUACUGAAACAGAAUGACAUUAAUGUAUUGACUUGGGAACAGUGUCUCUUCUGAAGCCACAAUAAAACAAACCAUUUUCACUGAGUCGA